UUCAUUAACGAUUACUAUUAUUUAGUACUGUUAUACUACUUCUAAUAAAGUUAUUUUAUAAGUUUAUUAAAAUAAAAUUUUCAUUACAAUUUUUUGAUUAAUUUUCUUGUAAAAAUGUUAUUCCGAUUAUUUAUUUUCAAUUUUUAUAGUUUUUGGAUUAUAAAUCAAGGUUUGAUGGUUUACAGUGUCCCAAAAUCAGAUUUAUAUUUAAAAUAUGUUAUCGAUGUAUUCAAUCAUAUUCGUAUACAAGAUGGAUGGGAUUUAGAGGAAGCGUGUAAAAUCAAGAUCGGUGAAAAUUCACAUAAAGUUUCUUUUAAUGAAAUUUUAACAAAAGCAGUGGAUAAAAGCAAUUUUUCUGAAAAAAUACCAUUGAUAAACAACUUAAUCAAUCUUAAGUACACUGAAAUUUUGAAAGUAUUCAAUAUUAUUUUGGAUCGUUUUAUUCAAAAAUGUUACAAUUACAAAAAAGACGAACGAUAUGAAGUAUUUAUUAAAUGCUCUCUAUCUUUACAGAAAACAUUAGAGAAUUCAAAAGACAUGCUUUCAAAAUUUUCGCGUGCUACUGAAUUCUUAAGUAAUAUUAAUGAAAAACUCACUGUAGAUUAUGGAUUAGAAUUAAAUAGUAUUGAUAAACAAUUUCGGAUAAUAAAUCAACAAUCAUCAACAAUAUCAAUUAAUAAAUAUGAUACAGUAUAUGUUUCUCUUAAGAAUAUGGAAACUUUUCAAAUCUUUUGUAACACAAUAAAAAACAAAAUAAUAGAACUUGACAUGAUAAAUGAAAAAUGGUGUUGUUUUAAUAACAACUCUGUUCUAGCUACUUUACUUACGCUGUAUGGUGUACAAUAUGACAAAAACCCUGCUACUGACCGCGUUGAAAAUAUUUUUAACAAUUUAAAAACGUUAUAUGAAAUAACAAUUCAAAACGACUUUUAUAAUUUGGGCUUUACACAACUAAUCUAUUCUACAGCAAACGGGUACAUAAAGCCACCUUUCGAAAAAAGAGUAAAGAAAGUAAGUUAUUCCAAACCACCACUCAAAAGAGAUAGAGAAGAUCGAGAAUUUAAACCAAAUAAUUAAUAAGAUUGCGUAUAAUAAUCGAUUAAACUUUUUAACAUGUAUUAAUAAAAAAAAUAUAUUGUGUUUAAUAUUAAAAUUAUUAUUUUGCACUAUCUAACUUUUAAUUAAAACUGAAAUUUAAUUGCAAAAGGUUUAUACCUUUUAGCUUCGAUGCGAAGCUGAGAAGGUAUUAUUUUACUAUGAUUAUUAACUUUUUUAAAAAUAACCAAAUCAAUAUAAUUUUUUUUAUAUAGAUGCAUGAUAUCGUUACCUUUCAUUUUUUAUAUAAAUCUGACCCUUUAUCUGCCCACAGAGGGGAUUUAAAAUGACAACUAUUUCACAAAAAAUUAAUUUUUUCAACUUUACUUAUGAAAAUGUUCCGAAAAGUCUGACACUUUUAUAUAUAUCUUAAAUUAAAGCUAAUGUAAUGUACUUUAUAAUGGAAAAAAUAAUUUCGGACUUUAUUUUGUCUUCACGAUGAAAAUGGCUACCGAAUGUUAUUUUUGUGUGAAAAUUCUCGAUUUUAUUUUUUACAUUUUUAACUUUAUAAUGGUAUAACUUAUUGAAAAGUGUAUGGAUCAACAUAAAUUUUUUAUGAGAGAUAAUAUUUUUUAAUAAUCCCUUUUUCAUUCGACAUACUUUAUCUUAAUCAGGAUAUUAAUAAGGAACAAACAGAUCAUGUAGCUUUUGGAAUAAUCCAUCAAUUUUUUAAAAUUAAACACUAUCUAAAAAUUUGCAUCGAAGCGUUUUUAUUUUAUAGUGAUUUUAAUUACUGUCAUUAUAGUUAGAUAUCAUUAUAGUUGAUCCAACUAUGCACGUCACCACUAUGCUGCAACCCCUCUGUCCAGUACAGUUUUUUUUUUAAUUAGUAUUAUCGCUAUUAUUUUUGCAUAAAUGUAAAAAAUGUAAACAAAAAUUAUAUAUUGUCUUAUUUUUUGCCACUAUACAUACUUAUACACUAUCAUACUAUUAUUUUUUUUUUAAUCUAUAAUAUUUUUUUUUAAUCUAUCAUUCAAAUGCAAUUGCACAUGUUAUUAACUUUUAACUAUUUACAUUUUCUACUAGUAUUAAAUAUUCACAUAAUAAUCAUUAUAUAUCGUAAAUACUAAAUUUAUUAAUCAACUUUUAUUAUACAAUUAUUCUUAUUAUAUUUAAUAAUUUUUUUGCCUAUGUUAAACUAUAGUUGUGAGGACACAAUACUUAAAUAAUUAGGACGGAUGUCGUAAUAUGCCUAAUGCUUUGCGUUGCGCAUCUUACAUUUGUCAAUUAAAAAGGUAUAAUCUGUAUAUUAUAUUACUAGUAUACAAACAAAUAAUUUAUUUAUCUGUCAUAACAUAUACACUUUUGUACAUGUAUAAAGCUA